AUGUCACAGGUAUCUCAGCAUGAUGAAAACACACCACCAGUAUUCAUAGUACCACGAACCAGUAGAAGCUCAUCAAACCACAACAGUCGCAUCAACUUGAACUUGUCAUCUUCUACUCUAAGAGAACAUUCACCAGCGAGACCAGACCAAGCUCUGCAACGCGCCUAUGAAGAAAUUCGAGCAAUGCUCCACCGUGAGCAAGAGCAACGUGCCACCGAAAGGCAACGAAUGCAAGAUUUAGAAGCCGAGUUACUCAUUUUCAGAAAUAGACAAGUAGAUGCAGAAAGACAGCAAACACAAGCUGCGAGAGAAGCUGAGGAAAUGAGACAAGCUGAAGCAGAGAGGCAGCAAACAUUAGCUUUAGAAGAAACUGAACGGCUCAGACAAGCAGAGGCAGAAAUUCGUCAUGAACGAGAACAGGCCCGCGAAUUUGCAAAUCAGGAGUUACUGAAACAAAUCGAUGAGUUACGUCAACAAAUAGAACAAUUUAGAGCCCAAGCGACGCAUGGUCAUCGACCAACCAAUGUCCAACCACAAUUCCAGCAGUCAACAUUAAGACCAAAUUAUGUAUUACAGGAAAUCAAUGUCAGGGACCAAGUAAAAUGUUGGGGAAUCUUUUUCGAUGGUAACAAUGAUCUUAUUACUUUCCUCGAGAGAAUCGAAGAAAUGAAAAUAAGUUAUCAGAUUACCAAGAAUCAGCUGCUUGAUUGCAUACUCAUUCUUUUAAAAGACAACGCUAUCUUCUGGUACCGAAACAACAGAACACAUUGGGCGAUUUGGGAUCAUUUUGUUGACAGAAUCAAAAGACUUUAUCUUCCAGUUGACAUAAACAUCAGGUGGGAAGAGGAAAUCAAACAUCGUACACAAGGCCCAAAAGAAAAAGCACGAGAUUACAUUACAGCUUUACAGACUAUGAUGAGGCGUUACGGGAUGAUGAGCCAAUAUAGUCAAUCGGACAGACUAUAUUAUAAUUUGAAACCUGAUUACCAACACUACAUAAGAAGAUCAGAUGUUUUUGAUAUACAAGAUCUAAUCCGACUCACCAACGACUACGAGAGGGUACUGGCUCAAGAGAAGACGUACAAAGCACCAUCAGCACCUCAGAAUACACUAACCCCAGAUGUUGUACAUCAACCGUUGCAGAAGAAGAGAGCUACAACUGAACAUAGUAUCAACACGAUCGAGGAAACCUAUAUUCCAGAAGAAUGUUGCUGGCGAUGUGGUCAAAGAGGACACUUCCGAUAUGAAUGCAAAAAUGUUUGGAAGAAAUUUUGCACCCGAUGUGGUAAACAGAACAUCCGGACCAGGGAUUGUAAUUGCCCAAGGCCGGAAUACAAGAAAAGAAUCGGUAAGGGGGUAGUGAAGCCGAACCAAUCCCAGCAGCAAGAAGUGAUUGACCAGUUAAUGAGCAAAAAUAUCAUCUCCGGCAACGAUGACGACCACAGCAGCAAGCAAUCAGACUCACCAAUAAAGGACACAGACAACAUCCAUGUCUAUUUCCAAGGAGAUGACGACCGAUUAUAUACCCAUGUGAAAUUCAAUGAUAUACAAAUCAUUGCUCUCAUUGACACAGGUGCAACUAGGUCGUGCAUCAAUCAAGAAGCUUGGGAACGAAUCCAGGACAGCAAAGUAGACACCGAUUCAGCCAAAAACCAGCCAGGCAACUCAAGCGGACGGCACAAAGCUACCAAUAGUAGCAGACAUUACGUGCGUGGUUGA